AUGGCUCAAGCCUUCGGCUCAUUUGGGAUCCUGUAGAGAUCAUUUUCAUGUAUGGAUUGAAGAGGCUCCCUUAACCAUUGAGCCUUUACUUUCGCUGGAUUUUGUCCUGAUUAAUAAUAUUUGCUAGGUUUUAUAUAUAUAGAAAAAAUCAACGGUAAAUUGAUUUAAAUUUAAAAAAAUUUAAAUUAUUUUAAAUUGCAAAUAGAAAAAUUAAAUAGGUUUUGACAAACAAUAGAGAGAGUGAAUUGCAAUUUACCCGAUUUAUUUAUUCUGAUAAGAACACAAACCAGCAGCUCCAGUUUAUGGAUCGCAGUCCUUUGAUCCGAUAUCGUAUCUCAAUUUGAUGCAUGGAGAAGCUAUUGGCUUGAUUUCCUACUCAUACAAACAACGGAUUAUACGUCAUUUCCGUUACCUUUCGCGCAAAUCUUGUUAAGGGUGGUCUUAAAUGGCGUUGAGGAAGAUGAUGUGGCAAAAUUUUGCGGGAGAUUGUGGUAAACACAUUUCGCACUUCAGAUAUUAUAGCUCUCGAAUUGACUGGAAAAAGCUGCGUCCCAUGAUAUUGAAGAGAAUUGAAAAUCGUGCUAAGGACUAUCCUGUUCGGCACAUGGUUCCAGUGGCUCAAGAGGUCCUCAAGGCUAGAAUGCUUCUUAUUCAAGGCGUAUAUACUCUCAUGAAAGUGAUUCCCGUAGUUGCUUGCAGGUUCUGCCCUGAAGUAUAUAUCGGAGAGAAAGGCCAUUUAAUUCGGACUUGUUGGGGCUACAGACGUGGUGCUAAAAAUCGAGUUCAUGAAUGGAUUACUGGUAGUUUAGAUGAUAUACUUGUCCCAGUACAGACAUUUCGCCUGAAUAAUAUGUUCCAAAAGGUUAUCAAACAUCACGAAAGAUUCGAUUUUGACCGUGUUCCUGCUGUUGUUGAGUUAUGCAGGCAGGGUGGUGCUAUUCUAACAAGUGAAAAUUUGUACUCUAGUACGAGGACUUUGGAUAGUGUCCAUAGUUGUGUUGAUGGAGCUCAGUCUAUGUCGCCUGAGGAUCUUAGGUUUAUAGCUGAUGGGACUUUGAAAGCAUGGGAGACUUUGAGAUCAGGGGUGCAAAAGUUGUUGUUGGUGUAUCCAGCAAAAGUUUGUGAGCAUUGCUCAGAAAUUCAUGUUGGGCCAUCUGGACACAAGGCUCGCCUUUGUGGCGUAUUUAAGUAUGAGAGUUGGCGUGGAACACACUUCUGGAAGAAGGCAGCGGUAGAUGAUCUGGUGCCCCCAAAGAUUGUAUGGAGGCAACGGCCUCAAGAUCCCCCAGCUCUCUUAAAUGAAGGGCGGGAUUUUUAUGGACAUGCUCCAGCAGUGGUGGAUCUAUGCACAAAGGCUGGUGCUAUAGCACCAAAAAAGUAUUCAUGCAUGAUGAAGAUUCAGGGUUUGACAGCAAAAGCUCAAUAUUGAAGAUGUCUGCAUAGUGAAUAUGCAGUGGGUUGGCCAUCAAGGUAUCCUGAUCUGCCGAUUUUGGAGCCCAGACAGAGUCUUGAUCAAGUUGCUGGAAAGGCUCACUGAUGCAUAGAAGAAAAUAAGCAGUAUUGGCACAUAACAGGAAAUUUUUGUGAAAUAUCAUGGAUCAUUUUGCAUAUCAAUUUCAAGAUGGGAUUUACUGCCUUAUUUGGACAUAAUCUGCUUCAACAUUAACCUUGUGUUCACUCCAGCCAACAGUCACAUUUCCAGUUUGUCUUUUAUUUCAGUUGGAAACCAGUUUCAGAGUUCAAAACCAAUGCUGAUAGGAUUCACCUGUGUUUGAGACGUUGGAAUAUGAAAUGAACAGCUGUUGCAAUUCUAUUGUAAGUUUUGAUUUUUCCAAUUGGCAUAUCUACUUUGAGAAAUGUAUGCAGCUUGCUUGUUUCAUGUAAUGUAAUAGAGUUCUAGGAUGGCUUUUCUUCAGUUGUUGGAGAACACAACAGUAACGAGAGGAUGUACUAGUCCGAAAAGGACAGAAAUGUCAACUAUUUGAUUUCUGAACUUGCUUUUUCAUUUUAUUUUAUCUUUCCUUUCUUUUUUGAACGUCAUGUUCAAGGAAAUUCAUGCAAAAAGGAGAAAAAUGCCUAAAUAAUGCAAGUACAAUUCCUUAUUAUUAUUAUUCUACCA